AUUAUAUACAGGACUUUAUAUGAUGGAUCCUAUAGAAUGAAACCCCACACCAAAACUAGUUGCCUGGUACAGAGGAAUGAAAACAACUUGGCAAAUGACACCACAACCAUGUUGCCUUAGUAUAAAUUAGUGAACUGGCCGACGCUGACUCGGGUUGCGAAGCCAAGCUACUAUUUGGACAAUUGAGACAAAACAUAGUACGUUCAAUCUCGUUCCAAAAUGCAUCUAAUCAGCGUGAUCCCAGCGGCAUUGACAUUCACAUUGACCUGUGCCUGCGCCGUCACCGCAAGCAUCCCUCGGCCCCUUAUAUCGGUCCCCACGAAAACAGCAGAGAGGGCAAGUAAAAGGGCAAUUGAGAAGAGGGACAGCCCUGCUUUGGUAGGAUAUAAUGCAGAUCCAAAUAUUGCUGUCUUUAGAGGUACAUAUUAUAUCUACCCAACUACGGAUGGAUUUCCUAGCUGGGGCGGACAGACGUUUUACUGGUGGAAGUCUACUGAUCUUGCGACGUGGACGCGUUCUCGGGAACCAUUUUUGACGCUGAAUGGAGCCAGAGGAAAUGUGCCGUGGGCAACAGGAAGCGCAUGGGCGCCCACGAUCAUCCAACGAGAUGAAAGAUACUACUUCUACUUCAGCGGCCAGAAUCCGGCGUAUAACAGGAAGACGAUUGGCGUAGCGGUAGCAAACUCGCCUGAGGGCCCGUUCAUUGCUCAGUCCAAGGCUAUGAUCCUGAAUAAUGAAGCGCUCACUUCUGGUCAGGCCAUCGAUCCUGCAGCGUUUUUGGACCCUAAUACGAACAAGUGUUAUAUAUACUGGGGGAAUGGAUCUCCCCUUAUGGCCGAGCUAGGUGACGACAUGCUCUCCAUCAAGACCUCGACUCUCAAAGCCCCGACAGGCCUGACCAAUUUCCGUGAAGGCUCGUUUAUGAUCUAUAGGCAAGGCGUGUAUCACAUGACUUAUUCAAUUGAUGACACGCGCUCUGAGAAUUAUCGCAUCGGCUAUGCGACUGGGUCAUCAGCCACGGGGCCAUUCACGUAUCGAGGCGUUAUUCUGCAGAAGGACGUGUCCAAGGGGAUUUUGGGCACGGGCCAUAACUCCAUCGUUAAUGUUCCUGGAACCGAUGAUUGGUAUAUUGCAUAUCAUCGCUUUGCUAUCCCCAACGGGAACGGGACGAAACGCGAGACUACGAUUGAUCGGCUCUAUUUUGAUAAGGCAGGUUUCAUUGUUCCCGUUGUGCCGACGUUGGAAAGUGUGUUGCCUGUGGGGAGAGGAUGAUAUUUGGUGGGUUGACUUAGGUAGAAGAACACAUUCUUGUUAUGGUGAGGGUAUGAACUAUUGCUCACUCAUUUCUCAUCUUUACCAAAACUUAGCAGAGGUAUUUGAUGAAUGGAAUCAGGAGAUGGAGGUGUCUUAAUACCUGGACACGCCCUAAACUAUUCAGCCAUCCCAACUCUUGAAUCGUUGUCCUCACCAAAUCACACUAAAUUCGAGAUCAGCCAAUGUAAAACCAGCCAGAAAAGAACCUACAACAUUCUCGUACUAUCUAUAGCACGAUCAGCUGAGGACAUCUACCAUGUAAUAUAUAUACAUGUAAAGACAUAUGCAAUUAGAAAUUUGAGGCAAGUUCUGAAACGCUUUAGGGAGUAGUAACCUCAUCUCUGAGCCUCCUAUAUAUCUUGGAAAGCUAAACUCUACGAC